AUGGCGGCUGUGGCGAUGAACGGAUCACUUUUUACGAAUUUGAAAUUUUACCUUGUGCCUCUGAAAAUACCGGCCCAAUUACGAAAAACCGUGGAGGAGUUUAUUUGUUCCCAUGGUGGCACUUGGAUAUUAUCGUUCCAAGAAGCCGAUUAUGUUCUCACCGCUUUGAAAAGCGCUAGUCGUCUUCAUCGACAUAUUGUGGAUCAUCAAAAGGAAGUGAUUGAGAUUUCGUCGGAUGAAGAGCUUCCUCGACAAAUGCGCUGGGACGACAUUAUCGAUAUGGUCGAAGAACGAUAUGGUACGCAACUUAAUAAACGAAGCUUUCCUACUACGUACGGCGCACGUCGCAAAAAAUCAUGUGUCAGGGAGGAAGAGGAUCCUUAUCAAACGACGUCCAGUUCAUCGUUUGAAUCCCACGUCACUUUAUCUCAAGAGUCCAAUGAUGCCAAUCCAACCCUGUCAAACCCGAUACCCAUCAAUGAGCCUAUACCAGCCUAUGAAUGUCAGCGACCCACAUCUCUGGACCAUCAUAAUCGCAAGCUUGUCGAAAUAUUUGAGUUUUUGGAACAUGCUCGAGAAUUGCAAGGUGAUGUUAUCAAUACCCUCAGCUAUCGCAAAGCCGCCGCUGCUGUAAAGGCCUAUCCUCGCGAGAUCAAGUCGGCCGCCGAAGCAUCGAAAUUAAAAGGCAUUGGCAAGAAAUCAACUCAAAUUAUUGACGAUUUUCUUCAACGUGGCAUUACGCCAGAAAUAGAUUUCGUGAAGCAAGGUAGUCAGUUCCAAAUUCUGGAACGAUUUUGGAAUAUCCAUGGUGUGGGCCCCACGACAGCUCGGGAAUGGUUCCAUAAAGGAUAUCAAACCAUGGAGGAUGUGGUGAAACACGAAACGUUGUCAAGAGAACAAAAGUUGGGUAUUCAGUAUUACAACGAUUUCAAGCAACGGCUGUCGCGUUCGCAAGUGGAAACGAUCGUUGACGAAUUUUCAAACGUACUCCGUCAACAUUGGCCCCAAUGCCAGUAUACUGUGUGCGGUAGCUACAGACGGGGCAAGUCCACCUCCGGCGAUGUGGAUAUUAUCAUGUCUCAUCCAGAACCGCAAACAUCCCCGUUUCUUUUGUCGGAUUUAUUGGACAAAUUAAGAGAAGAAGGUUAUAUUGCGGAUAUCUUGUCGGUCAGUGCACGUCGACGGUGGGCGAGUGGGAUCCCGGAUACCGAUGAUGAAAAAGAAGCGGACAACGAGGCGCAAACGGGAGAGGAAGAAUCCACAACGGAUGAAGAAGAAGGAUCCUCCAACAAUGUUGUUGAUCGCAGUAGGAACGAACAAGCUUUACUCGUGUGGCGGUCCAAGAACGAUCCUGUCUUCCGCCGUGUGGAUCUGGUGGUAGCUCAUUGGGAAGAUUAUCCUAUGGCAAUCCUGGGUUGGACUGGAUCAAAACAAUUUGAACGCAGUUUACGCCUUUAUUCCAAACGAGAAAAAAGUCUUAAAGUGACGUCUCACGGCAUCUUUUCACACCAAACAGGAGAAAAGCUUCCAGUCAAAAGCGAAAAACAUGCCUUUGAAUUGCUAGGGUUAUCAUGGCUGGACCCGAUGUAUAGAAAUUGUUAA